AUAGUCAAUGUGGUAUAUAUUUGGUCUAAGUAGUGUGUAAUUCAAUUUAAUUAAAUCCAGAGCUCAAAUAAAAUAGGAUUGAACUUGGAGAAGAGAGAAAAAGGCUGUGUCUUUUCUCUUACUUGUGAGGAUUUUGAUGUUUCUUGUGGUUAUUAUUUGUGAAAUUUUUGAUUAUAAGAUUUGCAGUUGAUCCUAUACUAUUAGCACCUGGGAUAAUAUUUCGGUGAAACAAUGCUGGCGAAGACAUUUGUUCCGAGACAUGUCCUUGUUUCGAGGUGUUUCUCAUCAGUUAAUUCAAAGACACUUAAGGUGGGAGAUGUUUUAAGGGAAGCAAGAGUGUUUACAAGUGAAGAUGUUAAGGGCUAUGCUGAGGUGAGCCAUGAUUGGAAUCCACUUCAUUUUGAUCAAGAAUCUGCUCGUAAAGCCGGAUUCGAGAAUCCUCUUGUCCAUGGGAUGCUUGUGUCUUCUAUGUUUCCUCAUAUCAUCUCUUCCCAUUUCCCUGGAGCAGUUUAUCUAUCUCAAACUCUGCAUUUUCGAUCACCAGUUUACAUAGGGGAUGAUAUUCUCGGAAUUGUACAAGCUGCAGCUUUAAGAGAAACCAAGAAUAAGUACAUUGUCAAAUUCUCAACCAAAUGCAUCAAGAAACACAGUGAACUUCUUGUUCUUGAUGGUGAUGCUACUGCAAUCUUACCAAACCUCGAGAUGCUACAACCAAGUCAUUCGGAAUGACAGGAAACAGACCUGACAUCUGUAAGUUUCUAUGUGUUUUCUCUCUCUCUUUUAAUGACUACUCUGUUCUUGUUCUGUUUUGUUCUUUCAUUUCUGCUGUCUUUGAAGACUAUGGUCUGAAACUUGUGUAAG